UUGAAGAAAUGAAAACUGUUGCACCAGGAUUAUCAAGACAAGGUUUUUUGCGGAUGUUGGAGAGGAGGACUUGUCUCUGUGGAAGGGCUGGGAAAAUACAUGGAGACGUAUUUCAAAGACGCUUCAUGGAAUACACAUUCUGCCAGUACCAGUGUGAAGAAAUGGCCAGUGUAGAGUACUUCACCUGCCCGGCAUGUACACCCAACAUGCUCGCUCUUUGUGCAGAUGGCAACAGGAAAGUGUACCGAUUUCGGCAGUCAAAAGGGUCAGAGGAACCCUAUUUUGAUGGCACCUUCAUUGCCAAGGACACUGAUGUACACCAUUUUGUUGAUGAGAUCAGGAGUAAAAUGAAAAGUACUGCCGGCAAAGGGAUCUGUGGAGCCAGUCAGUGGUCUGCUGCACGUGAAACAGCCAGAAAAGCAAGCAAACUGGAUGAAGAGGGCCUUGAGGUGGUUGUUUGCAGACACGGAGUGCUACUCAAGGCUCUUAACAUGUACAGGGGGGAAAUAUUUGCUUAUCCGCUGUACCUGCAGAAGGAGCUCCAAGCAGCCACAAACGGGCAGUUCUAUUGCACAGAUAUUGCUUGCAAGUAUUGGCCUUAUCUUGAGAAGUUGGCAGUCUCCAUGUUGGAACUCAGACCUUUACUGCAGAUGAGACCAUUCCUUUCUGUCAUGCAUGCCAAGGCUCAUUCAACCAAGUGUGAGCCAGAAAUGACAUGCUAACUGUCCAUGCAAUUGGAUUGAACCGACGGAAGCAGGAAGGCCUUCAUCUUGCACUAUCCAGCAGAUACAUCAAGACUUUCAAAAAGGCUGAGGCUGAGUCUCAGAGACUGGAGAAUUUGAGCAGUGAGCUGGGGUGUCCUGAGAACAUCGUGCAUCUGUGGGUAGAUGAUGUCAGACAAUGGGCUACUGACGAUUCUGUAGGUACCAGAUGUGAUGACCAAUAUGAACGUCAGAAAUCUAUUGAACAAAUGUUUCUUGGUGUUCAUCAAAAAAAAGCCAGCCUUUAUAAUCAGACUGACAGCAACAAAGUUCGACACUUGCGUCGAAGAAAAUUGUGGGAAGAGAAGAGAAAACUCUUGGAAACAAUCAAGCUCUACAAUGAGCAGGUGGCAGAUGAGGAGCGCAUCGUUGAAGAGAAGGUGGAGAGCGGGCUCUCUGUGGGGGGAGGAGACAGUCUAAUAUGGCCUUGGGAAGUGCACAGCAGUGAAUCCAGCAACAUUCUCACCA